CCUCACUUUUCACCUCUCAGCCAGCUGCUUUCCAAAUCAACUCAAAAGCAAGAGCUCAUAAAAAGCCGGGUGUUCACCAGCGCGCGCCGAAUGCCCAUUCUUCAGUCCUAGCUGAAGACGUCUUGAGCAAAGCAUAUCUUAAUUCAUUCGUGUUGUGCUGCUGCUCCUGACGGUAAAAGUUACACCAUGGCAUCCACGGGCGUCGCUGAGGAGGCACCCGCCGCGCCCGCCGCACCGAGCAGCGCUGAGCUCAGCAGCGGUAGCAGUGCUACUGACAACAAGCUGGUCGAGUCGGUCGCUGCUCUGGACGUGGCGGGUACGCCGAAAGAAGGAGUAGACGAGGCAGCUGCUCUCCCUCCGCACCGCUCUCACGAUCCGGACUUCAACCAGAAGCGGGCAGACCCGUUCCAGUUUGGGUCGCGAUACCUGAACGAGGAUGACGAUCCUUAUGAGUUCAAUGCGUGGGAUCAUGUCGAGACCGACGACGUGUACAAGGAGUACGCGGAGCAGCAGUAUGCCCUGCAGCGCCAGUCGCCGGUCUCGGAUUUUGAUAAGCACAGGUUCAACUCUGACCCCGCCAAAUGGUGGAAUCAGUUCUACAAGAACAACACGGCCAACUUCUUCAAGGAUAGGAAGUGGCUGCAGCAGGAGUUUCCCGUUUUGACCAAGGCCAUCCAAGAGGACACUGGUCCCUUUGUGCUACUAGAAAUUGGCGCCGGGGCUGGCAACACUGCUUUCCCCAUCUUGGCACAGAACAAGAACCCCAACCUCAAAAUCCACGCGUGUGACUUCUCCAAGAAGGCCGUCGAGGUGAUGCGCUCGCACGAGAGCUAUGGGACGGACCAGAUGCAAGCCGAUGUUUGGGACGUGUCGGGCGACGAGCUGCCGCCCGGCCUAACCGAGGGCAGCGUCGACGUGGCGCUUAUGGUCUUCAUAUUUUCAGCGCUGUCGCCGGCCCAGUGGGCCAAGGCUGUCGCAAACGUCCACAGGCUACUCAAGCCUGGUGGUGUUGUCUGCUUCCGUGAUUACGGAAGGGGCGACCUCGCCCAAGUUCGGUUCCGCAAGGGCCGGUAUCUAGAAGAGAAUUUCUACAUCAGGGGCGAUGGCACGCGUGUCUACUUUUUUGAGACGGAUGAGUUGUCGACCAUAUGGAAGACAGGUGGGCCUCCACCAGCGGCAGAUGCUGCAGACCAGCCAAGUAAGCCGGAUCUUUUUGAAAUAGAGGCUCUCGGAGCCGAUCGAAGACUGUUGGUCAAUCGAGCCCGGAAGCUCAAGAUGUAUAGAUGCUGGCUGCAAGGGCGGUUCAGAAAGCUGUGAGGAUGGACUUGGCUGAUAGACACGUUAAACGGGGUGGUUUAUUUAUGCCCAGGAGUUUUGAUGAUACCCAAAAACAAAUAUUUCACUUCCUAUAUGACCUUUUAGACCUUGUUUGAUCAUAUCGCUUUCCUCAUGUACUUGUGCUAUCAAUAUGCCAGAAGCUCUCUAAGUCUUGCACGUUCGUCGUCGCUAAACCCAA